AUGCGACCAAGGAUAUCUUACCAGUCACGUUCAAGUAAACUCGUUCCGUACUUGGCGUUCAUCAUAUUUUCUGCCAUUUGCGUCUUCAAGUUGGAUGUUUUUAUUGCACAAACAAUCUAUACGACUCGAAAUUACCAAGAAAGCAAGACAAGGGAAACUACAAUAAUAAGCCCAACUUUAGACUACAAAAAUGGCACUUUCAACCAGCAAUUCAUCAUCUCAUGGGGCGAGAGCCAUGCCCAGAUACUUGACGAUGGAGAGCUCUUAACCCUCUCUCUCGAUCGGGACUCAGGCUCAGGUUUCCAGUCAAGAAAACAAUUCCUGUUUGGAAGGAUCGACAUGCAGAUCAAACUUGUACCUGGCGACUCUGCAGGCACUGUCACCACUUAUUAUAUGAUGUCCCAAAUUUCGUCUGAAGAUGAUUUUCACGAUGAGAUAGAUUUCGAGUUCCUUGGGAACUCGACUGGCAAUCCUUAUACACUCCACACGAAUGUGUUCAGCCAAGGCAAAGGUGAAAGGGAACAACAAUUCUUUCUGUGGUUUGAUCCAACUGUAGAAUUUCAUACCUAUACCAUUGUCUGGAAUCCCAAGGGCAUCAUAUUCCUUGUGGACAACAUCCCCAUAAGAGAAUACAAGAACCCAGAAAGACUAGGUGUCUCAUUUCCUAAAAACCAGCCUAUGAGAAUAUACUCGAGUCUUUGGAACGCAGAUGAUUGGGCCACACAACAUGGUACGGUGAAAACAAAUUGGACGUUAGCUCCAUUCACAGCUUCUUAUAGGAAUUUCUCGUCAGACGGUUGUGUGUGGUUAAGAGGAACAAGAAGAUCUUCUUGCACAGAUGAUGAUUUUUCGACAAAACCCAUUCUAAAAAUGGAGUUGGAUAGGAGGAGUCGUAUGAGGAUGAAGAGGUUGCAACAAAAGCAUAUGGUGUACGAUUAUUGCAGGGACAAAUGGAGGUUCCCUAAGGGACCUGGUCCUGAAUGCAGGCUUAAUUAG